AUGAGUGGAUGCCCAUUUUUAGGAAACAACUUCGGAUAUACUUUUAAAAAAACACCUGUAGAAGGCAGUGAAGAAGACAAAUCACAAAAUGGUGUUAAUAAAGCCAGUAAAGGAGGACUCAUCUAUGGGAACUAUCUGCAUCUGGAAAAAGUUUUGAAUGCACAAGAGCUUCAAAGUGAAAUAAAAGGAAAUAAAAUCCAUGAUGAGCAUCUUUUCAUUAUAACUCAUCAAGCAUAUGAACUCUGGUUUAAGCAAAUCCUGUGGGAAUUAGAUUCUGUUAGAGAGAUCUUUCAGAAUGGCCAUGUCAGGGAUGAAAGGAAUAUGCUUAAGGUUGUUACUCGGAUGCACAGAAUAUCAGUGAUCCUUAAACUAUUGGUACAACAGUUUUCCAUUCUGGAAACAAUGACUCCCUUGGAUUUCAAUGACUUCAGAGAGUAUUUAUCUCCAGCAUCAGGCUUCCAGAGUUUGCAGUUCCGUCUAUUAGAAAACAAGAUUGGUGUUCUUCAGAGUAUGAGAGUCCCUUACAACAGAAGACAUUAUCGUGAUAACUUCAAAGGAGAAGAUAAUGAACUGCUAUUGAAGUCUGAGCAAGAAAAAACACUUCUGCAACUAGUGGAGGCAUGGCUGGAAAGAACACCAGGUUUAGAACCACAUGGAUUUAACUUCUGGGGAAAUUUUGAAAAAAAUAUUGUAAAAGGCCUGGAAGAGGAAUUCAUAAGGAUUCAGGCUAGGGAAGAUUCAGAGGAAAAAGAGGAACAAAUGGCUGAAUUCCAGAAGCAAAAAGAGGUGUUACUAUCUUUAUUUGAUGAGAAACGCCAUGAACAUCUCCUCAGCAAAGGUGAAAGACGGCUGUCAUACCGAGCGCUUCAGGGAGCACUGAUGAUAUAUUUUUACAGGGAAGAGCCUAGAUUCCAGGUCCCAUUUCAAUUGCUGACUUCUCUAAUGGACAUAGAUACACUAAUGACAAAAUGGAGAUAUAACCACGUCUGCAUGGUGCACAGAAUGCUGGGUAGCAAGGCUGGCACUGGUGGAUCCUCAGGCUAUCAGUACCUGCGCUCAACUGUGAGUGACAGGUACAAGGUAUUUGUAGAUCUCUUUAACCUUUCAACAUACCUGGUUCCACGACACUGGAUACCGAAGAUGAACCCAAUCAUUCAUAAAUUUCUCUACACGGCUGAAUAUUGUGACAGCUCUUACUUUAGUAGUGAUGAAUCAGAUUAA